CAACAAGAUCAAGAGUGUCAACGGAGAAAGAUCUCAGAAAAACAACAGUCCGUACCACGAUAUGAAACGAUAGAAAUACGAGUUAUAUGUCUUGGUAGGGGGGAUGAACGAAAAUAUUACUCCAAGGAGUCCCGCAUCAGCGCCCACAUGUUGUAUAGCGCUAGUGAUGUGUGUCUCUUGUUAAUUUUAGCUGACAUAUCGAUAAAAGCAUCGAUUAUAGAAACAAAUCUUUUACUCCCACACCUAUCAUCAUCAUAAUAUGACUUCGUAAUCCAUCAUCAGAGUGUAUGAAAAUUUUUAUGCAUAUUAUAAAUUUCUUUUCAUAGCUUAUUAUAUGAAUUACGAACCAAACGAUGAGCGUCUCUAAUGCCUUCAUAUAACAAUCCGUGACUGCGACAUCAAUCGAUAAGCCAACAUCUCUAAAUCUCCCCCGUCUCAAGGAGCGGCCAGUGGCUCCGGCUAGUCACAUUUCAGUCGGCGCCCGCGCAACAGCUUAACUCCAAAAAUACAUACAACCCGGCCACAUGCGGACGCGCGUCGUAGUUUGUGUUACCUGAAUAUAUGUGCAGUGCGAUCUGUGGUCAUUUAGAUGAAGGCAUGUCGCCCACAGCUAUCGGGGACUGGCCGCAGUGGUGUGGCAAAGUCGAAGGAUGCCCUCAGGCUCUGCUAGGCUGGCUGUACCUCACACCGGAACAAAACGAUCAGUGGGCCCCGGGUUCAGUAUGGGGUCCCUUACCAACAGCCACAGCGGGCUCUCCACCACAAGACGACGCCAGUUCCCUCGCGGAACAGCUGGCAGCACUGUCGCUCCGCCGACCGCCUCGGCCUCCGCCCCCGGCGUACAUGUGUCAUUUGUGCUUCAAGAAAGGACACUUCAUUGGAGACUGUCCACAGGCACGACCGAAGGGGGAAGGUUUGACUCCUUACCAAGGGAAGAAACGUUGUUUCGGAGAGUACAAGUGCCCAAAAUGUAAACGCAAAUGGAUGAGUGGGAACUCUUGGGCCAAUAACGGCCAGGAAUGCAUUAAAUGCCGCAUCAAUGUCUUCCCGCACAAACAGAGGCCUCUUGAAAAACCGGACGGCCUGGAUGUGAGCGAUCAGUCAAAAAUACAUCCGCAACACCUCUGUCAGAAGUGCCGUUCACUGGGUUAUUACUGCCGCAGAGAAUAUUAGUAACAAGAAACUUUUUUUAAUUCUAAAAAUAAUAUUAUAUGUAUUAUCGAGUUAUUUUGAUUUUUGCCAAAAAUGUUAACGAAAUAAAAAACAUAUUCAACUCAGUUUAAUUACUUGUGUUGAUAUAGAUUUUUAGAAUAUCGUGGCAUCCUGUGGACCCUCUCGUCAUUCCACAUAACUUUAAAUUCAGAAUUUGUUUAUAAAUAAUUUUACAAAUUAAUGUUUUUUAAUGUUUACAUGGAAAUUGAAUUUUGUUUUAAGACAAAAUUAUGUUCAAUAUACAACUUCGCAAAUACUAAGCUGCAGCUUACGAUGUAAUUGAUAAUAUUUUGUUAAAAUUUUUGAAUAUUUUUGUGUGAUGUAAAAAUUUCAGUAAAACUAUAUUUUCGGAUUCGUCUUAUUUAUAUUCUGUUUUUCAUCAAGAUGUUUUAAUUUCAAUCGUUGCCCUUAUCCGAUGCGGUGAUGACAGAAGAUAUGUCAGUGUCAUCAAAGUUACUAAAGUACUUGAUUCGGUACCUAUAACCUAGCAAUAAAUAUUUAAAUUGUUGACAAUCUAGUUAGAUCCGAAUGUCCAAUUUUAUUUGUAUGUUUUUUCCUUAUAUUUUUAUAAUUAUAAAGUAACUAUUUGUCCAUUUAAAAUGUCUAGUGUAUAAGAAAUCUAAUAUUAAAUUUACGUCUAUAGGUAUAUUACAUUAAUUACAAUGUAAACAUAUAUAUCAUGUAUAUUUCGAAUACCAAAAUGUUCUUGUACAAUUUUAAGUAGCGUAAGUCGACUCCAGGCAUUAUAGAUACUUAUAUUAUGAUGUAUAUUAUGUAAUAGGAAUAGAUAUUAUAUUUUAAGAUACUCACAAAUGUAACAAAAAAAAUAUGUCUGUACGUACAUGAUAAUAAUCAAUAAUAUCUCAGAUAAAAGAAGAAAACUAUAUAAGUUUGUCUGUUUUAUUGUUACAUACAACAAACAAAUUGUUUCAAUAGUAUUCUACAUAGUCAUUCAAACCUAACUCCCAUACAAUUUUUUUAACAUCACAUCCAUGACAAAAUAGGAAAGUUAUGAAACAUGAAUUAAAUGAAAUUAGUAUGUAAAUUACAUCUUGCAGUUAUUAAGGCGCUAUUCAUUAAUUUUUAACAGCCGUAUCUUAGAAAAAAGUCCUUUAUUAAUAUUAAGACGGUAUUAAAUCCAAACAAAUGUGAAUUCUAUUUGUGCCAAAUUAGUUUUAAGUUUGAUUGAAUUAUCAGCCGCAUGUGCCAUACACUUACAAAUAUUUACAAUAUAUUUAUUCAUCGAUAAAAAUUUCACUGUUGUGGUUGAAUCAUCGUUACUAUUAAGGGAUUGCCGCUGAAUCUAUGGUGCUCGGUUAUGAUUCAUAACAUGCACACUACUAGUUGCUGUUGUGUCACAAAAAUAAAAUUAUAUUUUACAAUAUUUCUGUGCCUAUAAAAUGUAAUUAUUAGUUAUAAUUUUAAUAUAGAUAUAUAUAUAAUUAUUGAUGAACAUAUUAUUGAAUUAUUACUUACUUAGUAUCAAGUGAUGUAUGAGAUUAUUUUAAUAAAUUUUAUUCAUAUA